AUGCAUCCCCAAUUCACUAAUAUUAACUUAUGUAUUGAUCCUUUAAUUACAGAAACUCCAUCAACCAAUUUAAAUUUCAAAAACCAACCUAACGUUUUAUUUGAUUUUUCACCAGUUAACCAAUCCAAAGAAAUUAAUUCAACCAUUAAUCCAAUUACUUCACCAAAUGAAACUUAUAAAUCAACCACCAAUAUUCAUUUUUUUACAAGACCAAAUAAAAAUUUUACUUCACCAUCAACAAGAACCAAAAAAUUCCCAAACAAUUUGUUUAAUUUAGACAAACCAGUUUAUCCUGCUUUGGAUGAUUUAAUUAAUUUAGAAAAAACAACCCCAACUCAAUUCAUCUCAUUACACAGAAUUGAAGAAUUAAAUAAAACAAAAUCAAUUCCAGAAACAAUUGAAGAAGAACAAAUUAGUCUCAAUUUCCCUAUUUACCAUCAAUUGAAUAAACUCAUCAAUUUUGAAUAUAAAUUUUAUCACGAAUUUUUUAGAACAUCAAAUGAAACCACAAUUUUAUCACAACCAACUAAAGCUGCAAACACAAAAGAUACUGAAAAUGAUAAUAAAAACAUCACUAACAUUUCACAAGAAUUAAUAGCAAAUACACAACCAACUAAAAUUGAAAAUACUAAACAUGCUGAAUCUGAUGAUCAAAAUAUCACUAACAUUUCACAAGUAUCAUCAGCAGUAUUACAAACAACUGAAGCUGGAAACACAAAAGAUAUCAAAUCUGAAAAUAUCACUAACAUAUCCCAAGGAUCAACAGCAAAAUCACAACCAACCAAAGUUGAAACCACAGAAGAUACUGAAUCUGAUAAUCGAAUCAUCACUAACAUUUCACAAGUAUCAACAGCAUUAUCACAACCAACUGAAACCGGGAAUACAAAAAAUGAUGAAACUGAUGAUAUCCCAGAAACUUUACAUUUUCAAACAGAAAAACAGUUAAGUCAUAAUUCAAGUGAAUCCGAAAAAUGUAAUAAUGCUAAUGGAUUAAAAUCAAUUUUGAAAAACAAUUGCAAUGAACAUUAUGAAAUUGAAAUUGUUAAAGCUAAUAAACAAGAUUUAAUACCAAUCGAAAAAUUUGUCAAUGAUCUUAAUUCAAAAGCUUUAUUUUCAAGAGAUAAAGAAAAUAUACCAUAUUUUAAUAAUGAAAGAAAAAAACAAUUAUUAUUUUACAAUGAAUUUUGCAAAAUUGAUGAUGAAACAUCUAAAACUUCACUCCCAAAUGAUCUUAAAAAUAGAAAAACAGUUAGAUUUGGAUUAUUUAAUGAAUUAAUUGAUGCAAAUGACAAUUUUGUUAGUUUAGAUUUGAAAGACUCAGAAUCAGGAAGUGAUGGUAACAAUUUUAAUAAAAUAUACAAGAAUUGCUUAGAAACUAGAAGUGGAAGAAGUACUCCUAAAUAUGCUAAUUCAAUUGUCCCACACCCAAUCAAUUUUAAACCAUCAUCAAAAAGAUCUUUGAAUCUUGAGGGUGCAACAAUUAUUAUCAGUGAUGAUGAAAUGAAAAUAGUGCAUAAUCAAGAAAAUGAGUCAGAUGAAAAUGAAGAUGUUUCAGCUUUAGAUUUAAAUGAUGUUGACACCAACUAUAAUCAAGAACACAAAUAUCUCAAAACUGAAAAUUCAUUAUCACACAUCCAUUUAAAUCACAUUGAAAAUAAAAAUACAGAUGAUGAUUCAAGACUCUAUAAAAAUUACAAACAGGAGGAUUUUUUAUGUGAUGAAAAUCAAUGUAGUUUGAAGUCAAAGAAUAGAUUCAUGAUCAAAGCUCGUCCUGCUGGAAACAAAGUAAAAGUAGACGAAUUAAUAAUCCCAAGAAAUUCAAAAGUCAAAUUUAAAGGUUUUGAAGGUAGUCGUGAUAAUUCAAAUAAAACCAGAAGAUUUAGUAGAGAAUUAUUUGAUAAAUUUGUUUCAAAAUUAUUCAAAAGAAAGAAUAAAAAUGAUACAUUGAAACCUAUUUUAAAAAACAGGAUUAAUCCAAAUUACCAACAUGAAUUAAAAUUACUUCAACAUCUGGAAAGUGUAUCAUUGGAUAGAUUUUUGGACAACUUCAAAAACAAAUGGCAAUUUAAUAGUAAAAACCAAAUAUUGUUCCACGGUUUUAGACAUGAGCAAGUUAAUAAAUAUAACUUGGAUAAUAAUUUACUUUAA